AUGGCGGCGAUGCGAAGAACGCGUGUGCCUCCCGGCUCCGCGUCGUGGAUUAAUGAAGAAAGGACAACGGCUCUGAGCAUAGUCCAGGCUGAGGCGGAGGAAUUCUCAUUCGCUGCACGGAACGAAUUCGACUGGCUUAAUGAGCACAUGGCUGGGAUCUUCAACGAGAACGAGAUGCAUAUUUUCAAGACUCCUGGAAAACUUCGCAGCAAGACGCCGCGAACAACGCGAAAGGUUGACAACGGCGAGGCCCGUGUCCCAUUGUCAGAUGUAUUCUCUUCAACGCCGAAUGGCGCGACGAAUGCCUUCACACAACAGCUUGCUCGUAUCUCUCCCAAGUUCAACCCUGUACAAUCGACAUCGUCUCCUUUGAUCAACAGAAAUAUUUCGCCGCAUAAAGCUGCCCCCUCACCCCGACCGGUUUCGAAGCAGCCUGUUGCCCUAGCUGAUUCCGGUUACUACGGUAGCCAGGAUGUCGACAACGUAGACGAUGCCGACGACGACGAUAUGGACGUGGACCUCAUCGAGGAGGAGACGGAAAUCGGAGAGCCACGAUCCAGCCCCCCUAAGACAGGACGUACCGGUCACGUCGCAUUCGACGUCACAGCUGAGCAAAACGUGCCUCAGAGCCCGACCGCGACGACGGCUAUGCGAUCACCUGAAGCCACCUUCCAGACCGCCAAAGAAGAGCAGACGACAAGAGUGAUGAGAGACGCAACUGAAGAGGCUGCGACACCCGUCUCAGAAACCUCAUCAGCACCUCACAGCUCACCGAAGCGUGCGGAAACUCCCCCUUCCCCAGUUGCGUCUCCUAAAACUCGCUCUGCGAAGAUCGCGUCGCCUGCAAAGAAUUCGCCUGCAAAGCGAUCUCCGGCCAAACAGGCGUCUCCGUCGCCUUCCCCGCCCACGGGUUCUCGGUCACCCGCGCCCGAGCCCACACCCGGUGCUGAUUCGCAAGAUGACGAUGUGGAUGUCCACAUGGACGACGAUACGCGAUCUGAUGAGUCUAGUCCCAUUCGACCAGUCAGGAAGAGCAGUCUCAAUUUCGCUUCACUUCCCGCCAGAGAGCCCCUGAGGAAUAAGAGCAUCGGGGCUCGUGUUUCCAGAACCAGCCACUUGGACCUUAACCGUCAGAGUUACUACAGCAGACAAACUGGAGGCAAGAGCUUGGGAAACAAUGUCGAGGUACUAGGAGCUUCGGAUGACGAGGAAGGCAACGACGACGAAAUGAAUGUCGAGGACUCAACCGAGGCGACAAACCACGGCGACAGCUAUGCCUCAGACCACAACAAAACAUACACUCAAAGGCUCCAGGAUCAGAUCAACCUGCUCGGCAAGUCCCAGCCAAACGCAAGCAGGCCCUCGAAAUCGAUCCCAAGCUCUGCGGUUGCCCAACAGCUUGCCCAGGCCAGUGCGCCUCAACCUGUAACGGAGUCAAAGAAAGCAUCGCCAAUGAAAAAGUCAGCCGCGCCGCCAACCCCUGGAGCAUUCCCCGAAGACGAGGAAGACGAGGACGAGGAAGAAGAUGACUGGAUUGCCCCACCCGUUCCUGCAAAGGACGCGCCCAAGUCUAGCCCACGACCACAUUUGCUUAAGAGUCAUACUGCAGACGUCAUGGAAGGGAUCAACGGCUCUGACACCGUCAGCGCUCUCGAUUUUGGUUCGCCUAAACAGCGGAAAUCGCCAGGUCGGUCAGGCUCACCGAAGCGUGCCCCUGUCAUUCCUGAGCGCACUACCAGUGUCUUUGGUCACGGGAAAUCUGCUUCUGUGUCCAUCUUGCCAGAUUUAUCGCAGGAUGUUAUGGCCGAAGACUUGUCUCCUGCCAAGAAACGACUCUCUGUUUCUAACCCGCUCUCAGCGGUGCUAGAAGACGGACGCCCGGAGACUCCUCAAUCGCCUACACGAGGCUUCCGUGACAGCCCGCUGAAACAAGUGAAGAACAAGCUGUCUUCUAUUCUGAAGAGUUCCAAGGGCCUUCUUGCCAGCAGCGCGGCAAUCAGCGCCGAGGGCAAAUCGUCAAUCAUGUCGCCUUCCAGUGCUCGAUUCGGCCAUCACUCUGGCCCAUCUACAGAGUCCAUCGCACCCCAGCCAGCCCCGGCUGAGCCGUUGUACCCCGAUCUUUCCAAGCGCCUUGCAGCCGAUACACAAACACUUAGUAGUGUGGGGAGCCCUGAAAAACCCGUCGCAAGACGAACAAGGGCUUCUGUCGAGAAGGAAAAGGAGGACAAGCGCAAGGAAAAAGAAGCCAAAUUGAUGGCCGACCAGAUGAGCAAGCUGGACAAGGCCCGCGCAGAGGAACGUGAAAAGGCUCGAACUUUCAGCAAAGAGCAAGAGAGGAUUGCUGCCAUGGAGAAGAUGGUUGCAGCACAAAAGGAGAUGGAGCCCGAAAUGGAGCAGGACAAGGAGAUGGAGAGACCUGCUCGAACACCGGCGCCAAAGGAGGCGCUUAAGCCCACCAGAACCAGCCCCCGCAAGGCCAAGAACCAGGGCGAGGCCGACGCUUCGGCGCAGGCUUCCCAGUCAGAGAAGCCGGACGUGGAAAUGACGGAAGCGCCGACCCCGAUGCCGCCGCCGUCGGCCCCUCGCUCUGUCGGCCCGAGUCAGACGGCAAGACCCAGAGAGCUCCGCCGGCCGAUGAAACCCACGAAGGAGGCACCUAGCAAGGUCAAGCAAGCGCCUACCGUCAUUCGCGUUAACACCGGCUCGCAACACUCGCAGUACCACCCCUCAACCAGUACUCUGUCCUCCGGCCUCCAAGACACACUGGGCUCGUCGGUUAAGUCCAAGACCAGCCAGCCAGGCUCGCAUAGCAAACAGUCUCUGGCCAGCUUGAAGAGCUCUGUUUCUUCCACCGGCCGCCCUAAAGCGCUCGAACUCGCCGCUAAGCGGAAGGAACAAGAGGAGCGCGAAGCGCAAAGAAAGAAGGACGCCAAAGUGGAACUUGAACGCAAGCGCGCUGCUAUCCAGGAGGAGGAGCGCAAGCAGGAAGUGCAGAGGCGACAAGAAGCGGAGAGGCAGAGAGAGAGGGAAAGGGAGCAAGCUGAGGCGAAGAAGAACGCACAAAGGCAGGCCGCUAUCGAACGUGCCAAGCAGACGCGAGCACCGCCCCCUGCUGUGCGAUCUCAGCCGAAUGGUCCUCCUGACUACACUGCGGGCCAACGCAGCGAUGCCCAGCCUCCUCGUCCCCCUUCUCGUAUGAACUCUACUGCCCAUCGUUCUCAAGAGGACCGACCGGUCAACGCCAUUCUCUCAAAUGCCUCCAAGCCUGGCUCCAAGAGGCCUCUUCCGCAGGACGGCAGGGAGGAGACGGGCUCGCGCAACCCUGCUCCCCGCAACGUUCCGUCGUACCAGUCCAAUGAUGCCAAGCGUCGUCGCACGAGCGACGACUUUGCUGAUGAGCUUGAUAUGGACAUUCAGCCUCCCAACAUCAAGGGACCCCCUGUUCGCCCGCCAUCAGUUGGCUUCAAGAAGCAGGAGAUGCCCACCAAGUCAAUGUUCGGCUACACCAACGCACCGCCGAGUGCAUCCAGGGACUUGUUCAAGUCUACUGUUACCGCUCAACAUCACAGCAUAACCAAGUCGGUCAAGCAAGUAGAUAUGAACCAGUUUGCCCAAGGGCACAUCCCGUUUGCCCCCAACCCCAACCCCGCUGGCCCCGCGCACAAGACACCGGCACGUCCCAUGGGUACUGCGAGCACCAAGUCCACUGCCAAAGCCACAAGAUCGUCGCCUCGUUUCCAGGACGGUGAGAAGAUCGAACUGCCUGAAAUCGACACGGACGAAGACGAGGACGAUGGGGACGCUCAAAUCGGCGUGGCGCCUUGGGCCGAUUCUCCCCAGUUGAGAAGCGCGCUCGUGCGACAGGAGACUUUGAAUCCCGAAUUGAUUUUCGGACCUCCGCGUGCCCUCCACAUGGAGGAGGUAUUUAGCAACAAGGAGAGGUGGCACAAGUUCCGCGCGCGGACGUCGAGCGCCAACUGGAGUGGGUCUGAUCGUCUGACAGAAGACGAGAUCAGAAAGGAUCUUGCAGCUCGCGAUAAGCUGCGCAGAGAAGGUGGCUGGUCUUACGAGAUGAGCAAGGACUUGAUUUGA